AUGGCCCGCAAGGUAGCCUGUCUAUCUCGUCCGGACAGUGUCACAGAGAAACCAUUCAAGUCAAAAGCUGGGCUUACAUCCAGGGAAACUGACUCCAAAAGUCUAAGUGCGUUCGGAAGCUUAUGGUGCCCAGAACACUAGUCAGGAGAGGCGCCCCCCCCCCAACGACUUUAAACUGAAAAGACCCUCUCAGAGCAUCUCCACAGAAUCUCACACCCCCGAGUAAGUGGGAGAGGCCAGAGGGGAAAUCCUUCGGGCGCAUCUGCCUUCCUGAUUUUGCUAAAAUCCUCAUUAAUGACUUGCCCCCAGGAUAAAUAGUUUUAAAAAAUGGCUGACUGCUAAAGAGUGUUUCCUAAAGUCUUUUUUUAAUCACUAACGCUUUGCUGCUAUGUGACAAAGAAUUGUCUUUGACAUCACAGCUGUUUCAUAGCAACCCUGACCGCGGGUGCCUCUGUGCUGCGGUGGACAGGGAGGGAUUCCGCUGAGGCCUGGGGGCCGCGUACACCUUCCCUGGGGUCCGAAGGGUCCCUGGAAGGGGCCAUGCGGCAUGAGGAGCUCUGGGCACUGAUGGAUACUUUGGUUCUAGAAGGGCGCCUUUGUCUAGAAGGGCGCUUUUGUCUGGCUUUUGUCUUUGUGGGUUUUCACUUGUCUCAGGUGGCUCCCGGGGACAGCAAUGCAUACUUUCACUGUUCUCACCUGUGUGUCCUGGGAUGCUCAGCCGUCCUUCCUGAAGUAGGCCGGCUGCUCUGUUUGCAGGAAGAAGAGUCCUCUGCCUCCCAGGCCAGGUCUCUUGAUCAUUUUUCUAGAAGGUUAAGGAGCACUUCAGGCUCAUCAUAAAUUCGUUUCUCCUUUUUAGACUUAGUAUUUGAUUUCCCAUUUGGCCAAAUGUAGCUGGUUGUUUUGAAACGAAUACUCUGAGGUCCCCUCAUUUGGAAGAGAAGGGGAGAGAAAGGGUGGGGGAGAGCCCAGCCUUUGCGGGACUUUGGGGAUCCACUGGAGAAGACUGCAUCUCUGUCUUCCCACCAGAUGGAUUUAAGUUUAUGACAAGGAAGUGAAGAGAAUGAAAACGGCGAAAUGACCCUUACACAGGCAACGGCAGCUUUGUGACUUUACUACCUGUGGCCUCAUCUUAGCCGCAGGACAGUGUGGCCGUUGUGGAGCUGCUCUGAUGGCCGAUGUUACAUGGCACGCUCGCUUCUGACCUGGGGUGUUGGCUGAGGGAGGGGAAGUGACGGCUGAGCAUGGCCCCUCUGGCCUUGCCCUUCCUCCUGGGGGUCCUGGCUUGGACCCUCCGUCCGUCUCGGGCUGCAACUUCACCGAGGACGCUGGCCAUCCCUGAGGAGCUGCAGGAAGCUGUGGGGAGAGUGAUUGUCAGUGCCACCACCUGCAGCGUCACCUGUGGCUUGGGCUACAAGGAGGAGACCGCCUGCGAGGUGGGCCCUGAUGGCGUGAGGCGCAAGUGCAAGACGCAGCGCCUGCAGUGCCUGACCAGCUGGGUCUGUGGGAUGCUGCACUUCACCGUGCUCAGCGGGGGGCAGUUUCAGCUGAGCUGCGUGAGCGCCGCUGACCUCCUGGAGGAGGGCCGGGAGGCGUAUCGCUUCACCUGGAGGCUCGCCCGGGGCAUCAUCUCCACCGAGGACGAGGUCUUCAGGCCCCUGCGCGUCAGCUCCUACUAUGUGCGAUUCUACUCUCUGCGGGAGUAUGACUCCGGCACCUACCGCUGUGAUGUGCAGCUCUUAAGAAACCUGAAGCCAGUCAAGAGGCUCUACUUUGGGCUGCGGGUUCUUCCCCGGGACUUGGUGGACCUAAAUUUUCAUCAGUCCCUUACCGAGAAUCAGAAAUUAAUAGAUGAGGGCCUGGAAGUGAACCUGGACAACUUUUCCCAGCCUGCCCGGCCCCCGUGGAAGCGGAAAGUGGCCGUUGCCGUGGGCCUUGGCGUCCCUGUCGGCGUGGCUGUGGGCGUGUUGCUGAUCCUGGCCCUCUGCAGGUGGCUCAGAAGCAGUGAGGGCCUGGGGCCUGGCCGGCCUGGGACCUGAGCGGCCGAGAGCUCAGGAUGCCGAGUGAGCUCAGUGGGGACCUGGCCGCCUGGUCAUGGCCAACUCAG